AUGAAAUUAAUUAAAAAGCACAUUGAAAGAGACCGUUCAGGAUACGUCGUCCUUUACCCAGAAGAGUUGGAAGACAUGUGGCAUGUAUACAACCUAGUUUCUGUAGGGGACCAAUUGAAGGCGACAACAAUAAGGCAUGAGAGGUCUGUGGACUCGCAACGCGUCAGGCUAACAUUAAAAAUAAGUGUGGAUAAAAUAGACUUUGAUCCUCAAGGCGGUUUAUUACGAAUAAGGGGUAGAAAUGUGAUGGAGAAUAAAUAUGUCAAGAUGGGCAUGUAUCAUACUAUAGAUCUAGAGCUUAACCGAAAUUUCACAUUAAUCAAGGGUGAAUGGGAUAUAAUUGCACUCGAACGGGUAGAAGAAGCUUGCGAUGUUACUAAAACUGCAGAUGUGGCUGCUGUGGUCUUGCAAGAAGGGUUAGCUAACGUGUGUCUUGUCACACAAAACAUGACUAUUGUACGUCAGCGAAUAGAAAGUCCAGUUCCGAGGAAGCGAAAAGGAUCAGUGACAAAUUAUGAGAAGGGAUUAUAUAAAUUUUACGAGCAAGUCAUGCAAUCGAUAAUACGACAUGUCAAUUUUGAUGUGGUCAAAGUAGUGAUAAUAGCAAGUCCCGGUUUUGUCAAGGAUCAACUCUUUGAAUAUGUUUUUGCCGAAGCUGUGUCACAACUAGCCGACACAAAGUACGCACAAGAAAUGACGACUUUAGACAAGUUUUUUAAAAUGUUGAACGAUGAUCCUGAUAGGGCAUUCUAUGGGUGGGAACAUGUUAGUAAGGCUGGGGAAUUGGGCGCGAUUGGUACUUUGAUGCUUAGUGAUGAGCUGUUUAGGUCUGCAGAUAUUGCUACACGUAAAAAAUAUAUAGAGUUGGUGAAAUCUAUACGAAGUAAUGGAGGCAAAGUACUGAUAUUCUCUAGUUUGCAUGUGUCCGGGGAAAAUCUUAACCAGCUAACAGGAGUGGCAGCAAUAUUAACUUUUCCCGUGCCCGAUAUAGAAGAGGAAGAACUCAAUAACACUAACAAUAACGGCAAAUCAUCUUCGUAA